AUGGUACAAGCUCAACCCUCCAAGCGUCUGCGGGUGACAGUCAUCGACGCCGGAGUCUCUGGCAUCCUCAUGGGCAUAAAGAUCCUGCAACAAAAACACCUUCCCCAACAUAUCGACUUCCACAUCUACGAGAAGUCCCCCGAGAUCGGCGGGACCUGGUUCGAGAACCGCUAUCCGGGCUGUGCCUGCGAUGUCCCCAGCCAUCUCUAUCAAUACAGCUUUGCGCCGAAUACGGAGUGGUCUAUGUUUUACGCAACAUCAUCCGAGAUCCAAUCGUACCUCAAAGCCGUCGUGAAGCAGUACAACCUCAACCCACAUAUCAGCCUCAACAGCCCCGUCAUAAUUGCAGUCUGGAACCAAGAACGGGGAACCUGGACCGUCACCGUCCAGAGCCAGAACCAGAACCACGGCCCGAGAACCCUCGACUCAGAAAUCCUCAUCAAUGCCGGCGGGAGCCUGAAUCACCCGCAGAUGCCUGAUUUUCGCGGACUGGACACAUUCGCCGGACCGGUACUGCAUACCGCGGCAUGGGAUGAUACCGUUGAUCUAGCCGGGAAACGAAUCGCGAUUAUCGGCGCCGGUACAAGUGCCGUGCAGCUCUUACCGGAAGUCCAGAAAGUGGCCGAGCACGUCGAUAUCUAUAUACGGACACCGUCGUGGAUUUCGCCGCCUGUUCCAUUGCCGCCUAGUAUAAGCAAGGGGCAUGUUUACUCUGAAGCUGAGAAGCAGGAUUUCCGAGAAGAUAAAGAAGGAUACCUUGCCAUGCGAAAGGGGCUCGAGAACCAAUUCAACGGCAUGUUCCGGGCCUUUGAAAAGCUCAUUCCGAAAUUCGAGGCUGGUUGUCGCCGCGUUAAUCCUGGCGAGGAGUACCUGCUCGCCCUGCAGGAGGAGAACGUGCGGCCUAUCUUCGAUUCCAUUCGGGAGAUUAUGAGAGAGGGCGUGGUCAUGGACGACAACUCAACGAAUCCAGGCGAAAUCCUGAUAGCAGCAACGGGCUUCAACACCUCCUUUCGUUCCCGAUUUCCUAUCAUUGGCCUUGACAGGAUCAACCUCCAGGAUGUAUGGGAGACGAAUCCAACCUCGUAUUUUGGGAUCGCGGUGGCAGGGUUCCCGAAUUACCUCAUGUUCCUGGGGCCUAAUACGCCGAUUUCGAAUGGGAGUUUGAUGGCAACAAGCGCCUACAUAACCCGCCUCCUCCUCAAAACCGUCCGCGAAAACAUCCACUCGUUCACCAUCAAGCCAUCCGCCCAAGCCGACUUCAACGCACAUACGCAGUCAUACAUGGGGGACAUGGUCUGGACGGGCUCAUGCAGAAGCUGGUACAAGAAUAACGUCACCAGCAAGAUCACCGCGUUGUGGCCGGGCAGCUCGCUACACUAUAUGCAGGUUCUUGCUGAGGAUCGCUGGGAGGAUUUCGAGUGGCAGUAUACCGGGAAUCGGUUUGGGUAUUGGGGGAGGGGGAUCUCGUGGGUUGAGGACUUGGCUGGGGAGGUGGAUUGUCUUGGGAGGGAGGGGAAGGGUGCAAAGGAGGCGAGUGUAGUUCCGGGUGUGCAGGGGGUUGGGGAUUUGAGUUUUUAUUUGGUGCAGGGGGAGGCUUUGCCGGUUUCUUUGGCUUCGUCCUCGUCUUCGCCUUUGGCCCAAGGCGGGCAAGGGGAUGAGGAGAGGGAUCGGGAUGAUGUGAAUAUGCAAGCUAGGCUUUGA